AUGGCAGAACAACCACCCGCACCAUGGGGAGCGCUUGUACCCGAAGCGCCGGAACCAGCAGCGUCAACGGUGGAAAAGAAGACCAGGUCGAAACAAGGCUGCUUGGUCUGCAGGAGGAGAAGGGUCAAGUGUGACAACGGCCGACCAGGGUGUGACAGAUGCGCCAAGUUCGACGCGGAGUGCGUCUAUCCUGAGAAGAAGCGCUUCGACGCCGAGGCCGUAUCUGCGGCACUCGCGAGCCGGCACAAGAAGACAUCUGGGCCAAGCUCCCCUCAGAUCCUUCCGGAGCAGCUCCAGUCGCUCGGAGCAACGCCCAUAUCGUCAGACCGCCUCGAGAGCCCCCGGGUACCUCUCUCGCUAGCCCACCUCGACGCGGAUCCGCGGUCGCUAAGACACGAUGGGCUGGACCUCGAUCCCACUCUGAUCGGAUUCUCGUCUCGACUCGCACCUCUCAACACUGAGGAGCUCAUGGUACCUCCUCUCUUCACAAUCGAUGAGCUCAUGACGUUCUUCCGCCAGACGCAGAUGGGGUCUUACUAUCGUGAACCUAUCGAGCCGCCAGACUUUUUACGGCCCGUCUUUCCGGAUCCUGACGAUCUACGAUGCUUUCAUCACUGCGUCACCUAUUCCUUCUCCAUUUGCGUCACCCGCGAAGAGUUCAACCCCUGGGUCCAGCAUAUCGCUCCUCUUUUCUUAUUUCCGAGCGGCGACUCGCCCAUUUGCGCCGAGGCUGUCAAGUACGCCAUGCUCAGCACAGGUGCUGCUCACCUAUCCUACCUUGAUCACCGAGAUCCCGUCUCCCCUGGGGAUGGAUCGCAAUGGCGGGUCCUUUCUGAACGAUACCGAGCGCAUACAGUCCGUCUACUCCGGCAAGCUCUCCGCUCCGAAGCGGAGUUCCUGUCGGAUACAUUUCUGGGGGCAACCAGUAUGCUCCUUAUUGCCGAUGUGCUUUCAGCUCGCAUCGAAUGGCGGGAGAUCUACCGUAUGGUACGAGACAGUGUCAUCCGUCGGGGCGGUCUCGCGGUGAUGCUUUUUGGUCGAAACAAGUCGGCGCCGGAGACCCCGAGUUCACUCCGCAAGUAUCUGGUCGAGGGCAUUGCGUUCUUGGAGCUCAUGUCGGCACAUAUCAGGCGGGAUGUCCCGCUCCUCAUGCUGGGCGAUCUGAGCUGGUUUGACCGCCUCGGUGAACUUGCCAUUGAGGAUAACAUGGCCGAGACCAUCGAAGCGUCCUUUGGGGUCCAUCGCACAAUCUUCCAUCUCGCCCUCAGCACUGCCAUAUACAUCGGCCGAGCCGCUCGAGAUCGGACGAACGAAUACUACCUCCUCUCCCCUUCAUCUUCGUCCGCCCCAAAACCGCUCCCGCCACAGACCGCCGAAUCGGGCCAAAAGGUCCUGCUCGACCUUCAGGCCUGGCGUGCAAGCAUACUUCCCGGGCUGGCGGGUCAUAUCGACGCGCGAACCUAUACUGGGAGCAUGGCGUAUUGGCAUGCAUGUAUGAUACUGCUCUUGCGGGAUCUGGAGGGGAGGGGGAGGGAAGACGAGCGGGUGCAGGAGAGUGCGAGGGAGGCUAUCAGGUUAGGGAGGGAAGCGGGCGAUAAGGCUGAGUUCAUGAUGUGGCCCAUGAUGGUCGCAUCUUCCGUCUUACUCGACCCGACUCUGCGUUCCAGCGCUCGAGAACUGUUCAAGACGUUCCAGUAUCAAUGCUGCUUUGAAGCAGAGGGAACGUUACGAGUCAUCGAGGAGGUCUGGAAAAGGGUAGAUGAGGGAAGGGAUGAGGAGGCGUGUGGGUGGAGCGAGGUGAUGCUGGAGAUGGGGAUGCCGCUGUUAUUAGGCUAA